AUGAGCAUAAGCACUGAUAUGAACAAACCUGAACAACUGGACUUGACUAAGACCACAUUCCACAGUAUUUCCAUCAACUAUAAAUCAUCCUGUUUUUCCAAACUAAACAACAAGAGCAGAAUGACAGCUUCUCAACAAGUUAUCGCGAUCUUUCUUGUCACCUACGUGGUGGCUGUUUCUUCAGGGCCAUCGAUAGUCACAUAUAUUUUUGGUGAUUCCUUGACAGAAGUAGGAAACAACAAUUACCUGCAGCUGUCUCUUGCCAAAUCCAACUUCCCAUAUUAUGGAAUCGAUUAUAAAGGUGGAAUGGCUACGGGAAGAUUCACUAAUGGCAGGACAAUUGGUGAUAUAAUCUCUGAAAAACUUGGGAUUCCAUCGCCACCACCUUUUCUUUCCUUGUCAUUAAACGAUGACGCUAUUCUGAAAGGGGUUAAUUAUGCAUCUGGAGGAGCUGGAAUUCUUAAUGACACCGGAAUUUACUUUAUCCAAAAAUUAUCAUUUGGCGAUCAGAUCGACAAUUUUAACAAGACAAAGGAAGGAAUGAAGCAAAAAAUUGGAUCAGAAGCUGCAGAAAAGCUCUGCAGUGAAGCAAUAUUCUUUAUUGGAAUUGGGAGCAAUGACUAUGUCAACAAUUAUCUGCAACCCUUUCUGGCCGAUGGUCAGCAGUAUACUCACGAUGAAUUCAUAGGACUUCUUAUAUCAACAUUAGGCGAACAAUUAACGAGACUCCAUCAACUUGGUGCAAGAAAGAUGGUCUUCCACGGGCUUGGUCCCCUCGGGUGCAUACCUUCCCAACGGGUGAAAUCAAAACGGGGGCAAUGUUUAAAGCAGGUGAAUGAAUGGGUGAUCCAGUUCAACUCAAGGGUGCAAAAGCUGUUAGAUGCUCUCAAUCGAAACCUUUAUGGUGCUAAGCUAGCAUUUGCUGAUACUUACAGUGCAGUCUGGGAUUUGAUCCACAACCCUACUGCUUAUGGGUUUAAGAUCUCAAACACGUCCUGCUGCAAUGUUGACACAAGUGUUGGAGGCCUAUGCUUGCCAAACUCAAAAUUGUGCAAGAAUCGAACUGAAUACGUAUUCUGGGACGCCUUUCAUCCAUCCGAUGCAGCAAAUGUAGUUCUAGCUAAUAAAUUCUUCUCUAUACUAUUUCCCGAACCACAUCCUCCAUCACCCACACCACUUCCACACUACUAACCACAAACUCUCCAAAAUCGCAGAGAAGAGUUUCCUUAUAACAAACAGAAUAGCUACUCAACCGCUUCCUCUGUAAUACCACUAAUCAAUAACAUAAAUUUCAGUACUAUAAUGUAAACAAAGUUGAAGGAAUAUAACGUGAUCAGAGUUGUGUUCAAGCAGUAAUUUCACAAUGAUUCUUCCAGGAAACGGAUAGAGUAAAUUGAACAUCUAUAACUCAAUUGCUUCACUGAAACAUUUGUAUUGGCAUAAAGACAAUUUCAUCACAAAUGUCAACAGGAGCAAUAUAUUAUCAUCAAAACCGCAAACCGCAAUGCAUUGCUAAUAAUAAUUUUGAAUUUAGUUGAAACCGGAAAAAAUAAAAUCAAAUAAAAGCUCUCAGUGAAAGGCCAAAGUUUUUCCACAUGAGAAAACUGAUCAUGAGUUGAAGAUUAAAUCUUACCAGAAUUAAGGAAGAGUUUAACGUUUAAGAAAACACUAAUCUCUUUGAAA